GUCUUUGUCUUUUAGAUGGUUCCUUUAUCAGCUUCAGGCCAAGUUCGAGGUUACUAUGUAGACUGGAGAAUGUUGCGUGAUGUGAAGAGACGAAAAAUGGCCUAUGAGUAUGCAGAUGAGAGGCUACGGAUCAAUUCGCUCAGGAAGAAUACCAUUUUGCCCAAAGAUCUUCAGGAUGUGGCCGAUGAAGAAAUCGCUGCCUUUCCCCGGGAUAGCUGUCCUGUUAGAAUCAGAAAUCGGUGUGUUAUGACUUCCCGCCCACGUGGUGUAAAGCGGCGCUGGAGGCUUAGUCGUAUUGUCUUCCGUCAUUUAGCCGAUCACGGGCAACUUUCUGGGGUCCAGCGAGCAAUAUGGUAAAUUAAAUCCAGAACCUCCUGAACACCCCACUUCUGGCAAGAAACUUUUCUAACACACAAAACUCUAGUUUUUGUAGGAACUCAGUAAAAUUGUCUAGUCUACCUGAUGCUGUCUAUAGUUAAAUUACUUUUAAAUUUUAAGUGAAGAAAUUUGGAUGUUUCAUUCUGUCAGUGAAUUAUCUUUUCUCUUGGAUUUAAUAAACAUACUGUUCCCGUUACAUGGUAUAGAGUAAUAAAAUUCUUUUUCUGUGAAAAUA